UUUUAGUUGAAAAAGGUGCUUCCUUCCAGAUCCUUUGCUUGUUUAACUAGCACCAGCGUGCUGAGCAGUGAGCACAGUAAAGCUUCAAUGCUUCAACUCACAAGUCACAAUUAAUACUUGUUCAAUGCUUUUUCCCGUCUCCAAAUCCCCAAUUUCCGGACCAAUUUCGUUCUCUUUCGUUUACGCGAGUGACAAGUGUAAUCUCUCUGAAUUUUGAAUUUUUGCUUCAGCUGGUGUGAACAUUUGAGGCUAAAGAUGGGUUGAUCGAGUACCCUUUUUGCAUUCUAACCCCCAUUUUCUCGAAUUCUAGGAUGAUUUAUGCAGGACCAGGAUUAGAGUUAGUAGAGCUCCAAUUUUAUUGGCGAUUAAUUAGAUAAAUCCUGCUUGAUGCAAGCAUCGGGAACCUUCUAAGGCAUGGGAUAUUCCAUUCAAUUUCAAAAGUUAUGGCGCUUUGAGAAAAGGAAAUGGCUCCUUGUGGUGCUUUUUGUGGCUUUUACUCAUUUGUUCUGUCAGCUCUUUGUGCUUCCCUAUGGCAAUGCUCUUCGGUCUCUAUUUCCGGGUGAUGAGCUUCAAAUGCAUGACAAGGGCAUCUUUUUAUCGAGAUUUUCUUCUGUUAAGUCCGUGAUGCUUAGCAACUCCAUCCCUGUCAAUGCUUCAGAUUCAGUGGAUGCUAAGCUGCUCGUUAGCGCUGUCAAAAAUGCUGACAAAUAUGUUUUGGGUGGGAACAUUGGGCAUGGUGAUGUAGAAAUGGAAGAGAAAAUGAAUUCGGAGAAUGAUCUUGCAUUAGGCAAGAAAGACCUAGAAAAUAGUUUUGAUGAUGUUGAAAAGAGGAAGGAAGGCGAUGAUUUCCCUUCUGAGAAUGUUGUAAACUUGGGGGAAAGUUCUGUAGUGGCCAACAAUCAAGAUUAUAAGCAUUUCUUGGUCAAAGUAAAUGGAAGUAGGCACAGUCUCUCGGUGGAUCAGAUUGUUGAACCAAGCAAUGGAUCUUCAAUGAAUAAUGUUCCAGGAGGAGAUGCGAGUGUUACCCAAGUGACAGUUGGGACAGUUAGGACUGCAAUUGUAUCCCCCUCAGUUGUUUUGCCCCAAGAAGAAAGUAUUCAUAGCCAGAGUGCAAACACAAGUGCUGAUGACCACUUUUCAUCUAAGGGAUCUGCAAAUCUCAAUGAGAGUUCUGCAUCACAAAAGUAUCGUGACAUUAAUGAUGUGUCAGAUAAGUUAAUUGAAACAGAACAUAGUAUUGCCCCGGAGCAGAUUGUUGAACCAAUUAGUGAUGGAGUUUCAGCAGAAACUACUGUAGAAGAAGAUACAUCUGAUUUCGAUGACAUUACUUCUUCAGUAGACUUGGUGUCAAAUUCAAGCAUCGUAAUUGAUUCUGCUGUAGUAAACAGAUCUUCAACUGGAGCAGAAAUAAUACUACUUCCAAAUAAUCAAAGUUGGUUGCAGUUUCAAAGUGAUAUCUCACCACCAAAAAACAACUCUAUGACGAAGAAGAUGAGAUGUGAGAUGCCCCCAAAAUCAGUAAUGUCCAUAAAUAUGAUGAAUGAGUUAUUAGUUAGGCACCGCCGUUCUUCUCGUGCAAUGAGGCCUCGAUGGUCCUCAGGACAUGACCAGGAAAUCCUAGCAGCAAAGAUGCAGAUUGACAAUGCUCCUCCUGCAAAGAAUGAAAUAGAGCUCUAUGCUCCUCUCUUUAGAAAUGUUUCUAGAUUUAAAAGGAGCUAUGACCUCAUGGAACGCAAUCUCAAAGUGUAUAUCUACAAGGAAGGAGAAAAACCAAUCUUUCAUCAGCCAAUCCUAAAGGGCUUAUACGCCUCAGAGGGAUGGUUUAUGAAAUUGAUGGAGGGAAACAGACAGUUUGCGGUUAAGGAUCCCAGAAAGGCACACCUAUUUUACAUGCCAUUCAGUUCUAGAAUGCUCGAGUAUUCCCUGUACGUACGCAACUCUCACAACCGCACAAACCUACGACAAUAUUUGAAACAGUACACGGAAACAAUUGCAGCAAAGUACCGCUUCUGGAAUAGAACUGGUGGAGCCGAUCAUUUUCUUGUUGCCUGCCAUGAUUGGGCUCCAUAUGAAACGAGGCAUCAUAUGGAACACUGCAUCAAGGCCCUCUGCAAUGCAGAUGUGACUACCGGCUUCAAAAUAGGCCGAGACAUCUCUCUUCCAGAAACCUACGUGCGAUCGGCCAGAAAUCCUCUGAGGGACCUCGGUGGAAAACCCCCUUCUAAACGACACAUACUCGCCUUCUAUGCCGGUAACAUGCAUGGCUACCUGCGUCCAAUCUUGCUGAAGCACUGGAAGGACAAAGACCCGGAUAUGAAGAUCCUUGGUCCUAUGCCUCCCGGAGUGGCAAGCAAGAUGAAUUACAUCCAGCAUAUGAAAAGCAGCAAGUACUGCAUCUGCCCCAAGGGCUACGAGGUGAACAGUCCACGUGUCGUCGAAGCCAUCUUCUACGAGUGCGUGCCAGUGAUCAUAUCUGACAACUUUGUCCCGCCGUUUUUCGAGGUCUUGGACUGGGGGGCCUUCUCUGUGAUCCUUGCGGAGAAAGACAUUCCAAACUUGAAAGAUGUUCUCCUUUCUAUACCAGAGGAGAGGUAUCUUGCAAUGCAGCUUGCUGUGAGGAAGGCUCAGAGGCAUUUUCUGUGGCAUGCCAAGCCGUUGAAGUAUGACCUCUUCCACAUGACACUUCACUCUAUUUGGUACAACAGAGUUUAUCAGAUAAAAGUUAGAUGAGUAGCACAAGACAAUUAACUGUUGGGGAAUAAGACUAUACUACUCGAGUCUUACUAAGAGAGCAAUUGAGACUCACAGGACUCGAACUCGCGAGUGCUACGACCUAUCACUAAGUUAGACUUUAUCGCUCAUUCAUCUUGUACCACUGCAGAAAGUGUUUGUGGGUUUGAACUGGAUAAUGGUCCUGUAUAGGCUCUGCUGUAAAUAGGUUUUACUGUGUACCAUUUUGUCAACUGGAGUGCCUUCAAGACUUAUUUUUUUUCUUCUUC